AGAGGAGGACUUCUCUGAAGAAAUAGGACAGAGCCUGGGUGAGCAUCUGGUCAAGACGAGAACUUCAACUUAAUAUUUCUGUUAGCUACACUAAACCUUUGCUGCUUAGGAAUAUUUUUAUUUAGAAACAGGAGCUCAAAAUCUUUAACACAAACCAUUUUAAAAGCAGCAAAUCUGAAAGGAUUAAGUAUCCAAACAUGCCUAAAAUCAAUCUGAGCAUCAUAGCUUUAGGUGUUGCACUGCUCCUGUUGGAGGAGACUGGGGCCCAGAAACCCAAGAAGAGACUGGCUCCCUCAAACCCUCCCAAGGUUCAGUGUUGCGACGAGGUGCGCUCUCUCAAGGUUCAGGUGGCCAAUCUGACCAGCCUGCUGGAGGAGCUGAGUCGCAAGCAGAAUAAAGACAUGAUGACCCUGGCGAGGCAAAUCAUGGAGCUGGACAAGCAGGACCAGCAGCUGGAAGGCCGGGUCACAGAGGCAGAGGGCAAGUACUCUGAGAUCAACAACCGCGUGGAGAUCAUGCAGCUGCAAACUCUGCAGUCUGUAACUCAGACUUCUUCAGAUGCCAUAUAUGACUGUGCAUCGCUCUAUGGAAAAAGCUACAAGAUCUCUGGCGAGUACAAGCUACCUAAAGAUGAAUUUCUUGGUGCACCUGAGCUCAGUGUCUUCUGCGAUAUGGAGACAAAUGGAGGGGGUUGGACUCUGAUUCAACGACGCAAAAUUGGCCUGACUUCUUUCAACCGUGACUGGAAGCAGUACAAAAAUGGAUUUGGAUCCAUCCGCGGAGACUUCUGGCUGGGCAAUGACCACAUCUUCCGCCUAACGAGACAGCCCAGCACACUCCGGAUCGAGCUGGAGGACUGGGAGGGACAGACACGCUAUGCUGAGUACGGCUUUUUCACCGUGGGCAACGAGCUCAACAGCUACAAGCUCUUCAUUGCCAACUACAGCGGGAAUGCUGGAAACUCCUUACGCUACCACAACAACACCAACUUCAGCACCAUGAACAAGGAUAAUGACAAAUGCGUGGACAACUGUGCUGCCCUGCGCAAAGGUGGCUACUGGUACAACUGCUGCACCGACUCCAAUCUGAAUGGCGUUUUUUACCGCUACGGCGAGCACACAAAGAGCACAGAUGGGAUCACUUGGUACGCCUGGCACGGCCCCAACUAUUCUCUGAAGAGAGUGGAAAUGAAGGUCCGGCCGGUGGGUUUCCAACUCUAAGUACCUCAGCUGUGCCUCUUGGAUCAAGAUCACAGAUCUCUGUAAUACCUGUAGGACCAAACUGUUUUUUCUUGUUUUUUUGGUUUUUUUACUUGAGAGUAAAGCGAGUGAAAUGGCUGUUCGUGAUGGUCUGCUUGAAUUACAGUCAGAUGAAUGUGUUCAUGUUUUAAGUUGUGUUUGAUUGUAAAUUGUAGGUAUUUGUUGCCUUUAUUAGUAACAUUUAUGUUUUUUAAGCAUUGAAAUACGCCAUUUUAAACCACUGUCCUUUAUGGGCUACUGGACUUUAAUCAUUUCUCUCAUUUUCUUGGAAGCAGUAGGUUGUGUUUUAGUUAAUACUGCUUACAGUGGAAGUCAUGGGGACUUGUAGGACAUAUUUAAAGAUUUAAAGAAAAGUGUUUGUAAAUUGCUGAUGGGAUAUGACCUAUCAAGAAAGGCAUUCCUAUGAAUGUUGUCUUUGAUAAAGGUUAAUAAUGGAAAUGGAAAUGUGUAUUUUGUAAAAUGUGUACAGGUUUUAAAUGAUGCCGUUUAAUGUGAUGGAAAAAAUAAAGAUAUUUUUUAAAAGAAA